AACAAACCUGAGCGAAACAUUCAAAGCAAUACCAUUGCUUGGAUAUUUAUCUUGCAUGCACGGAAAUUCAAAAUGUUUGAAAUUCGCACUCAAAAGCUACUUUUACCAAAUCUCAAAAUUUUUCAACAGUGUUGGAAACCAAUAGAGCAGGAACAACCAUCAAUAUCGCCUAACCAUGAACUUGCUCGACCAAGUUACAGACCAACUAGCUACCAUUGAACUAAAAGACGACGAUAUCUCGGAGUACAUUGCCGGCAUCGUCCAGGAAGAUUCGCUUGAAGACGACGAAAAGCGAGAAGCCAUCUCUGAAUUCCUUGCCGAGACCACAGAUAAACCUACCGGUCCGGUCAUCAAUACCAUUCUCGAAAAAUGGAAGGUCAUUCAGCAGGAUCUUGAAAAAGCGGAAGCAGACCGAAAGGCGAAACUGAUUGAAGAAGCACAAGCACGUGAAAAGGCACGACAAGCACAGUUGGAACAGGAGGCCGCUUCUCGUCGUGAAACAGCGAAAAAACUCACUGAAGAGGAACGUCAGCGGCGUCAACGGCUAAUGCGCCAAUAUGAUCGUGAUGACGACAGCGAGACAGUUGUCACGAAUAGUAAUGAUGCAUUGUUGCAAGCGAACUUGAAUGCGGAAAAGAUCAAGCAGCAGGAGCAGAGCAGACGGGAUCAGAUGAAGAAACAGAGUGAAGAAGAAAAGGAACGAAAUAAGAUGCUUUUAAAAAAACAAAGAGAGGAAAAAGAGAAAGAGAGGGAAAAGAAUAAGAAGGGAACGCCAAAGAAGGAAAGAAGACGCAUGUGAAAUGGACCCUUCUGAAGGGGCUUGCACAAAUUGGCUAAAAACUCAUAGAUCCAUCUAAAAAAAAGCAUAAGCACUCGCCAAUAAAUCGUACCUGGCAUUCAUUUCUCU